AGCGGUGGUUGAGUAGCGAUCGGCGAUUCUGUCUAACAACUAUGGCUGUACCGGGGGGACCUCCUCUGCUCCUGUUUCUUUCUCUGUUGCCACUGCUGCUGUUGAGCAAGGCAUUCCUGCCAGCAGCUGCAUAUACACUCAUCCCAGAGCAACAGCCACAGCAUAAAAUCCUCCAAUUGGAUUGGCCAAUGGACUGUGGCAUGGCUCACUUCAAACCCAACAUGGUUGAGAGGAUUGUGUCUGGAAACGAGGCUAGACCUCACUCCUGGCCCUGGCAGGUGUCUUUACAGGUUCGCCCGCGGGGGAGUAAGCAUUACAUUCAUGUUUGUGGAGGAACUCUCAUUCAUAGGAACUGGGUGCUCACUGCAGCUCACUGCUUCCAAAAGGGCAAAGCUGAGGACCCUGGGAGCUGGAGGAUAGUCCUGGGAAAGCACCAACUGAGGCGUUCAGAGACAGCAGAGAGGAUCUUCCCUGUCAAGAGGAUCUACCGGCAUGAGAACUUCCGCUAUCCCACCCACAGCGAGCUGGACUAUGACAUCGCCCUGGUGAAGGCUGCCACAGACAUCCUCCCUUCAGACUUCAUCCGCUACGCCUGCCUGCCGCGCAAGCAGACCCCCCUCAACCCGGGACACUACUGCUGGGUCACAGGCUGGGGGGACACCCGUGGUGGAAAGGAGAACGUCUCCCUGGCAGAAGCUCUGAAUCAAGCCCGGCUGCCCAUCAUCGACUUCAAAACCUGCAAGCAGAAGAAAUUCUGGGGCGACCGCGUCCGGGACUCAAUGAUCUGUGCCGGGUUCAGAGACACCGAGGGCCCCCCAGCAGCAUGUCAGGGUGACUCCGGUGGUCCUCUGCUGUGCCAGCUGGGUCAGGACCGUUGGGAGGUGCAUGGGGUGGUGAGCUUUGGCCCCAUCGGCUGCACUGUGGAGAACAAGCCCAGCGUUUUCACCCGCACUGCUGCCUACAUCCCCUGGAUCGAGGCAACACGCAUCAGGGACUUCUUCCUGCACUGACAUCAGUUCUGCCAUUUCUCGUACAGAUAAUCUGUUCUACAAACACAAUUUCUACAAUGAUUAUGUAAAUACAUAUUCUAGCCAACAGUUUUAUAUCGGUUUGCUCUUCUCUCAUGGAGCAAUGCUAUGUAGUCACGCUUUUACAUCCUAAUUAAAUUCACCAAUAAAUCUGAUUAAAAGCACA